GCAAAAGGCGGCCUCAGACAAAAACCGCACUCUUGGCGCCCUAGGACCGGCUGCCGCCGCCGCUCUCUGCCUUUUUGUGAUGGAAGCAUCCUUGAACGCUUAUCAAGAUGAACAACCUCCUUUGCAGACUGAAAAUUUCUGUAGGAAACACGAAAAGAACAGCAAGUUGUCAGGAGUAAAAAUAGAUAUUGAAAAACUUUAUGAAGCAGUGCCACAGCUUGUAAAUGUGUUCAAAAUUAAGGAAAAAAUUGGAGAAGGUACUUUUAGUUCCGUUUAUUUGGCCACAGCCCAGCUACAAGCAGGAUGUGAGGAAAAAAUGGCUUUGAAACACCUAAUUCCAACUAGUCAUCCUCUACGAAUUGCUGCUGAACUUCAGUGCCUUACAAUAGCAGGGGGGCAGGAUAACGUUAUGGGAGUUAAAUAUUGCUUUAGAAAAAAUGAUCAGGUAGUUAUCGUUAUGCCAUAUCUGGAACAUGAAUCCUUUUUGGACGUUUUGAACUCUCUCUCUUUUGAAGAAGUACGAGAAUAUAUGUUUAAUCUGUUUAAAGCAUUGAGGCGCAUUCAUCACUUUGGUAUUGUUCACCGUGAUGUCAAGCCUAGUAACUUCCUGUACAACAGGCGGCUGAAAGAGUAUGCCCUAGUAGAUUUUGGCUUGGCACAAGGAACCCCCGAUACGAAAAUAGAACUACUCAGAGUUGCCCAGUCUGAAAGCCAACAGGAAAGUUGCUCACAAAAUAAGCCUCACCUAACUUUGGGAAACAGGGUUUCUGUCAAUGUUGCAGCAUCUAGACAGAUAGCUCAACAGUCAGCCUCAAAAACAUCUGAUAAAUGGUGCUGCUCGCUUUCACAAAUGCAGAUUAAACAAGGAAAAGGAGGAAAGGAUGGGUCUGCACACCAUUCUGUCCAGCGCUCUGUCUUUGGAGAGAGAAAUUUUAAUAUCCAUAGCUCCACAUACCAGGAAAGCUCCACAAUAAAACUUAUAAAGCAAUCAAAGGUGAUGGAUGUUGCAUCUAGAAAAUUAGCAACAAAGAAGAAGACUUCUACAAAAGCAGUGAACAAUGGUGUAGCCAGGAAAGCUGCCAACAGUUGCCCAGCUAUCUUGACCUGUGACUGUUAUGCAACAGAUAGAGUUUGCAGUGUUUGCCUUUCAAGACAUCAGCAAGUUGCUCCUAGGGCAGGUACACCAGGAUUCAGAGCACCAGAGGUAUUAACUAAGUGCCCUACUCAGACUACAGCAAUUGAUAUGUGGUCUGCAGGAAUCAUAUUCCUUUCUUUGCUCAGUGGACGGUAUCCAUUUUACAAAGCAAGUGAUGAUUUAACUGCUUUGGCACAAAUCAUGACUAUUCGUGGAUCCAGAGAAACUAUUCAGGCUGCUAAAACAUUUGGCAAAUCAAUACUGUGUACUAAAGAGGUCCCAGCACAGGAUUUAAGAACACUCUGUGAAAGACUGAGAGGAACAAAUAGCAGCUGUACUAAAACAGCAAGUGAUGUGCACACCAACUCUUUUUAUGAACCUGCUUUGGCAAUUGACACAGACAAAAAGGUAGAGUUUGCUCCCCAACCACCAGGGGAAAAAAUCCAGGCUCUGAAGAACUGUCAUGAAGGUAACAGUGGCUUGGAAAUUAAGAUAACAGAAAAAGCAACUGAUUUGAAAGGAUGGGACAGAGUUCCUGAUGAGGCUUAUGAUCUACUUGAUAAGCUACUGGAUCUAAACCCAGCUACAAGAAUAACUGCAAAAGAGGCUUUGCUGCAUCGUUUUUUUAAUGAUAUCAGACAGUGAGAAGACACCUGAUUCCAUUAUUUCCUUGAUCUUUGCUUCACAUAAAAAUCACACAGUAUUAGUUGAAUUCAGAUACUCAUUUUGAGUUUGUUUAUUUUCAUGGCAUGUAGUGAUCUGCUUUUCUUGUACUGUAGGGAAGAGGUUUCUGAAAAAUUACCAGAAAUAUGUUUCUGGUGGAGGAAGGUUGGCAUCAUGGAUUGGAAGUAGAACAUGGAGCAUUUCACCUUUUUAAAAUCACAAUUUCAAGUCCAUUUCUUGUUACUAGUGAUAGAUCUUCCAAUGGCUGUUCAGUGGCCUAUGUGAAGUGAAUUUAUGGUUGUAGUCCAACUGUAGAAAACAAGUGGUCACAUUACCAAAACCCUUUCUUACUGACACUCAGAUACCAAAUACUGAAUAAGCAAGACAAGUGACAUACUUCUUCCCCCCUCCCCCACCCACCUCAGGUUAUUGCUGAAGCUCAUUGCUGAGGUGCGGGAAAGGUAGCUGUCUGUGCUGUACCUGUUCUAUGAAGAAAAGGACUUAGUCUAAGGCUGUCAAUAAUAAAUUUCACAAGCUCUAAGUUGACUUAUUUGUU